CGUACCCCGCCGAUCAUGGCCAGCCCCAAGGGGGCCGGUCCCGCCACUUGGCGCUUCGCCGCCGCAGCCAGCUGGCGAGUGGUGCGCGGACGCUGCGUGGAGCAUUUCCCUCAAGUCCUCCAGUUUCUGCGCUCCCUGCGCGCUGCCGCCCCCGGCUUGGUUCGCUACCGGCACCACGAGCGCUUGUGUAUGGGCCUACAGGCCAAGGUGGAGUCGCUGGGAAACUAUCAGAAGACAAACUAUGACGCCCUGAUCCCCACUUGCCAUGAACACCUCCCCACCUGUGGCCCCAGUGCCGUGCCUGCUCCUUCCUGUGACUGCACAGACAGCUCUAGAUCCUUGUGAGACCACUGCAGUGCCCUCUGCACUCUGCCCACCUGUUUUCUGGGCUCCACAGGCAGCUUAGUGGGAAUGAAAUGGAAGACCAGCCAUGGGUUGCCUGAAUACAUUGCUAAAAGCAGUGUGAUGCUUUAUAAUUAAAUUUUGGAUUUGUCACAACACUG